GACACUGAGCCUCUCUUGCCCACCCACCAUUGAUUGGGCGACGUCUUUGACGAGCAAAACCACACAAGACUUUGACUUGCUCGUCUCUGCCGGGCGCCCCCUUUCUCUCCUCUCGCGCUCCCGCGUCAUCUCGCCUUUAAGAUCGUUGCCGCGUGCACCAACCAUCCUCCUCUCUUAGCUUCUUCUUCCUCUUGCGCCGCACGCCUCCGCCAUGGCUUAUAGUAGUUCCUGCCGCGGAAUCCUCCUCUUCCUCCUGGCCGCCGCGGUGCUCGUGGCCGGCGACGGCGGUGGGGUCGGGUUCGACCUCCACCACCGCUUCUCCCCCGUGGUGAAGCGGUGGGCGGAGUCCCGCGGCCGCCCCGCCGCCGCCGCCUGGUGGCCGGAGGGCUCCCCGGAGUACUACUCGGCGCUCUCCGCUCACGACCGCGCCCGCCGCGUGCUCGCCGGGGGCAAGGGCGAAUCCCUCCUCUCCUUCGCCGACGGCAACUCCACCACCCGCCACGCCGGAUCGUUGCACUACGCGAAGGUGGCGUUGGGGACGCCGAACGCGACGUUCGUGGUGGCGCUGGACACUGGCAGCGACCUCUUCUGGGUGCCCUGCGACUGCAAGCGCUGCGCCCCCAUAGCCAACACCUCCGAGCUCCUCAAGCCCUACAGCCCGCGGCAGUCGUCCACGAGCAAGCCGGUGACCUGCUCUCACUCCCUCUGCGACCGCCCCAACGCCUGCGGGAACGGCAAUGGCAGCUGCCCGUACACCGUCAAGUACGUCUCCGCCAACACCUCGUCGUCCGGGGUGCUGGUGGAGGACGUGCUGUACAUGACGCGGCAGAGCUCGAGCUCGAGGUCCGGCAAUGGCGGAAACGUCGGGGAGGCGGUGGGGGCGAGAGUGGUGUUCGGGUGCGGGCAGGAGCAGACGGGGGCGUUCCUGGACGGCGCCGCCAUGGAGGGGCUGCUGGGCCUGGGCAUGGACAGGGUGUCGGUGCCGAGCUUGCUGGCCGCCGCCGGGCUCGUGGGAUCCGACAGCUUCUCCAUGUGCUUCAGCCCCGACGGCAACGGCCGCAUCAACUUCGGCGAGCCCAGCGACGCCGGCGCCCAGAACGAGACCCCCUUCAUCGUCAGCAAGACGCGCCCGACGUAUAAUAUCAGCGUGACGGCGGUCAACGUGAAAGGGAAGGGGGCGAUGGCGGCAGAGUUUGCCGCCGUUGUCGACUCCGGCACGUCCUUCACCUACCUCAACGACCCGGCCUACUCCUUGCUCGCCACAAGCUUCAACUCGCAGGUCCGGGAGAAGAGGGCGAACCUGAGCGCGUCGAUCCCGUUCGAGUACUGCUACGCGCUGAGCCGGGGGCAGACGGAGGUGCUGAUGCCGGAGGUGAGCCUGACGACGAGAGGCGGCGCCGUGUUCCCGGUGACACGUCCUUUCGUCAUCGUCGCCGGCGAGACCACCGACGGGCAGGUCCACGCCGUCGGCUACUGCCUCGCCGUGUUCAAGAGCGACAUCCCCAUUGACAUCAUCGGCCGUACGUCUGAGAACUUCAUGACCGGCUUGAAGGUCGUCUUCGACCGGCAGAGAUCCGUCCUCGGCUGGACCAAGUUCGACUGUUACAAGAACAUGAAGGUGGAAGAUGACGGGAGCCCUGCGGCGGCGCCGGGCCCGAUGCCGGUGACGCAGCUGAGGCCACGGCAGAGCGACACGCCGUUCCCCGGCGCCGUGCAGCCCCGCUCGGCGGCCGGCCAUGCACUCUCUUCCUUCUCUCCGGCGAUGCUGCUCGUCACUCUUGUAGCUGCCGCCGCGGCCGUGCUCUGAGGACUGAUAAUCGAGGAUGCCGGUGGUCGGAGAACCAAAUGGCGUAGAUGUAUACAGGUAGGCGCUAGCUCAUCUUCAGAGAGAGAUUUACAGGAGGAUAUAGAUAUAGAGAAAAAAAAUUGGCUGAUUCAUGAGGAUAUUUUAUACUGCUGCUCGGCUUUGGGAUAAACUUUUUUUUUUCGUUUUCUGUGGGAAAGGCCGCGUCUGUAUUGGUUCAGUGAAACAGGCCGUGGGGCCGAGCAAACCCAACGCAAUGGCCCAAAACAUUGUUAAACGGAGUAGGAUGACGCAUGAGCGGAUACGAUCAUGUCACGUCAGGCUAACUAGACUUGCGGUAGAAGUUGUAAUCCUAACCGAAUUGUAAAUCCUAGAUUGUAUGUGUCUACAUAUAAAGAGUACACGCCUACCCUUGA